CUCCCUCUAUCUCUUAAAAGUGAUCUUUCACUGAUCAAAAUCGUUUUAGGAAAUUUCCGUUUUUCAUUUUUGUCAAUCACGUAACACAAUGGGGAACCAACUUUGCAAAGGAAGAAGAUAUUCAAGUUCGAAGAGAAGGACAAUGGGAUUCAUUCAUAACCAAGCUUCACCCUCUCACAUAGGGAUAAGAAAUGUAGGCGUGGAUAAAAUUUGUAACUUCUCCACUACUAAUUCAGAUCUAUGCAUCUCCAUAGUGACUUGGAAUAUGAAUGGCCAGGUUACGUUUGAAGAUUUAGCAGAAAUGGUUGGUAGCAACCGCGAGUUCGAUCUUCUAGCUGUUGGAUUGCAAGAGGCUCCUCCAUGUCCACGAAACAAAGUCGCAACUAUGCUUUCAGCAGCUUUGGAUGAAAGUCACACCCUGAUAGGUAAAGUUAUCAUGCAAUCUUUGCAGUUGUACCUGUUUGGACCAAAGAAUGCAAGAUCGUUCAUUAAUGAAUUGAAGGUAGAUAAAGAAUCUGUUGGGGGCUGUGGAGGAAUUAUUGGAAGAAAGAAAGGGGCUGUAGCAAUUCGCAUUAACUACAAAGGAAUUCGAAUGGUGUUCAUCUCGUGUCACCUCUCUGCUCAUGGUCGCAAUGUGGAAGAAAGAAAUUCACAAUGCAGACACAUAUCACACUCCCUCUUUUCAAAGUUUUGGAAUCCAUAUUCAAGACCAUCCCAUAUUACUAUUUGGUUAGGAGACCUAAACUACAGGCUUCAAGGGAUUGAUACAUAUCCUGCUAGAACUUUGAUAGAGAAAAACCUUCACCGGCGGUUGCAUAGCAAAGACCAGCUCUUACAAGAAGCUGGAAGAGGACAAAUUUUCAACGGUUUCUGUGAGGGAACGUUGACUUUCAAGCCAACAUAUAAGUACAAUAAAGGAAGUAGCAACUAUGAUACAAGUCACAAGAUACGAGUGCCAGCAUGGACAGAUCGUAUAUUGUUCAAAAUAGAAGACGACAAUAACAUGGAAGCAACCCUACAUUCGUACGAGUCUAUGGAUGAAAUCUACGGUUCUGAUCAUAAACCAGUAAAAGCACAUCUCUGCUUAAGACUUCGUCAAAUUCCAACAAAACCAAGUUGUAAUGAACAAACCUAGCUAUACGUGGAACUUUUACUUUUAUUUUUGUAAUUUUAGUUGUUUAAUUUUAUAAUAUCUACAAAU